UCCUAACAGGUUAAGAGGGUUAUUAUAAAGCGUGUGCUUGCAGGAGGCUCCCAGAGGAUCUAACCUGGUGACUCUGGAGGGAGAGACGGCGACAGCGGUGAUGAAGGAGGACGGAUCCGUGUACUGCCAGCCCGACUUCCUGUUCAAAGGUCUGGAGCUCCCGGGCAUCAACUGCAACUUCAACGCUAAGAAGUACCGAUACUUCUACGCCUCAAAGAUGGAGUUAUCGGCUCAUCCCAGCAAGAUCGCAAAGUUUGACGUGGUCAGCAGGAACCUGUUGGAGUGGCAUCAGGAGAACUGCUUCGCCUCGGAGCCGGUGUUCGUGGCGUCGCCAGGAGCCGUGGAGGAAGACGACGGCGUGAUCUUAUCGUCCGUCAUCUCUCCGGAUCCCAACAUCUCGCCCUUCAUGCUCGUCCUCGACGCCAAAACCUUCACAGAGAUCGCCCGAGCGUCCAUCGAUGCCAACGUGCACAUGGACCUCCACGGCCUGUUCGUCCCCGCCGUCUGACGCCUGAACAAAACGUCCUGAACUCCAAGUCUAGAGUUUUACUCAAAUCUAUAGAUACCUGCACUCACCUCGCUCUGAGGUUGAAUUGUGUGGAAGACACGAAGGCAACUGAAUACGGCCACAAGUGCAAAGUGCAGAAUGAGUGGCAUGAGUUUGUUUAUUGUUUAUAGAUUCUGUUGUUGUUGUUCUUUACCAUCUUCAGAGCAGCUACGCUUAAACAUAGCUUAGAGGUAGAUUUACAGCUCGAAUGUCAUUUCUAACUUUAAAUAUUAAAGAGAAAUUAAAAUGGUUUAUACCGACCCUAAUGAUUCUCCAUUUCAAUACAUUUAUGAUAUUAAUUAUUCAGUUGAGGUCCUUUUCCAUUUUAAGUCUUAAACCUAGCAAUUACAGAAAAUGAUCCUUUUGUUGGAUUAAAAAACAUUAUAUAAAAAUGCUAAUUGAUAGGUUUGCCGGUGUUUGUCAUCAUGCGUUAUUUGACCCUGUAGUUAUUUUGCACACGUUGUGCUUUGAUACGUAGCUUGUUGUUGUUGUUUUGUGAUUUCAGUGUUACAUUAAAGCAGUGUGUUGGUAAAGCUCUUCGUCUUCAUUGUUGACGCAUCUCUUCACCGGAGCUGCUACCUCCGC